AUGGCCGGCAACAAUGGGCAAGGAGAGUCUUCUCGGAAAAAACUGUUACCUGAAGGUGAAAGAUCUGGUACAUAUGGAACCCUGACAGAUGUGGCUGCUACUGAGCAAGAAGUGCUGGCAUCUCUGCUUCGAGUGGAAGAAGUGAAACCAUCGUUUAUCAGCAUCUUUAGCCAUGCGACCUGGUACGAAACCGUCCUUCUCGCUAUUUGCGCUGUAUGCGCCGUUGUUGCGGGUGGCCUGGUGCCAUUUACACCGCUUAUCAGCUCACGGAUUAUCCUUGCAUUUGCCAGGGCCGAGUCUAAUGGCUACAGCGUGAAGCCGUUGUUGGACAAAUAUGUGGUAUAUUAUGUCUAUAUUCUCAUUACCGCCCUGGUGACAUGGUUUAUCUCGACGGCUGGCUUCAACUUUGCAGGAGCCAGAAUCACACACAGAAUUAAGAUGCGCUACUUCGCCGCCGUCUUGAAGCAGAACAUGGCGUUUUUCGACGAUAAUGGAUCUGGUGAUAUCCUUUCCCAUCUCACAGACGACACAAAGGCAAUACAGAAUGCGAUCUCCUCCAAAUUGUCCCAAACAAUUAGCGCCUUUGGCUCGUUCAUCACUACUAUUGUAGUGUGUUUUGUUCUCGAUUGGGUUUUGAUGCUCGAAAUGAUCUGGUCUUUUGCGCUGGGUUAUGGAGUCCUCUACCUUGGUACCAAAUUGACCGUUCUAUAUAGCGGUCGCAGCAUCGAGGCUUCGUCUGCUGGGUCAGCUGUAGUAGAAGAAGCACUCGGUUCUAUCAAAACAGCAACUUCUUUGGGUAUGCAGUCAUAUAUCCAUGGAAAGUACAUGAAAUUUUUGACGCAAGCGGCCAAGCAUGGAUUUGUUCUCUCCUCACUCAACCAAAUGCUUAUCACCAUCUGCAUCGCAAGUGGCUAUUUCAAUGUUGCACUAGCAUUUUGGCAGGGCUCCAUUCGACUUACGGAAGGGAAGACACCCUUUACUUCAGUUGUAGCUAUCUCAAUGAUCUCCAAAGCGGCUGCCUUCUGCGUAUUGGGCGUUGGUUCGAACUUGGAAGCAUUUGCUGCGGCUACGGCGGGAGUCGGCCGCCUUUUGAGAAUUAUACACCGCGUGUCAUCAAUAGACUCGUCUUCAGAUGAGGGGUACAUACCAGAGCGUUUUAAUAGCACUCUGGAGCUUCGCAGUGUGAAGCACAUCUAUCCAUGUCGGCCAAACGUUGUGACAUUGAAAGAUGUGAGCAUCAAGUUUCCAAUGGGGCAAACUACGGCUAUUGUAGGACACUCUGGGUCCGGAAAAAGCUCCAUCUCAAAUCUUCUCCUACGCUUCUACGAUCCCCUGGUAGGGCGUAUCCUCUUGGACGGGACGGAUCUGUCUCAUUACCAACUUCGCUGGCUUCGUCAACAGAUUGCAGUCGUGAGACAGGAAUCAUUCAUGUUCAAUAGGUCCAUCUUCGAAAACAUUGCUUGUGGGUUCACUGGGCCUCAGUGGGAAACAGCCUCUUCACUCGAACGGGAACGAGCAGUAUAUAAAGCCGCCGAUAUCGCUCAAGCAAGUGAUUUUAUUGACCGGCUUCCCCAUGGAUACGACACAGUUGUUGGUACACGAGGCUCGAGGCUCUCUGGAGGCCAACUUCAAAGGAUUGCCAUCGCUCGAGCUUUGGUUGGAAAUCCUCGGAUUCUUAUUCUAGAUGAGGCGACUUCGGCACUUGACAGUGAGACAGAAGCGAGGCUUUUGUCGACUAUGGCAGGAGAAGACAGCAAGAGGACCACUAUAGUUAUUGCCCACCGUCUCUCCACGAUCCGCAAUUCGGAUAAUAUCGUUGUUCUGAAUGCAGGGCGGGUAGUCGAGAGUGGAAGGCACGAGGACUUGCUGGCUGCCAAAUCAUAUUAUUAUGACUUGGUGGAGGCACAAAACAUAGAAGAUCAGGACCAUCCAGUAUCUUCAGGGACUCCUGGAACAGCAAAUAUCACCCCGACUCACGAAAGAGCUGAAAGUCCCCCUGAAACCGGAGGAAUACACAAAGCCAUGGCAAUUGAUGGGGAUGCAAAAUCCAUAGUUUCGUCCUCACUCUGGUCUAUGAUCUCGUUUAUCUUCAGACUUAAUGAGGGAGAAUCGCAUUGGCUGAUUAUGGGACUCAUUUGUUGUAUUAUUGUGGGAUUUGAAGAACCAGCAUCUGCUUUUCUUUUUGGUAAAGCCAUAACCUCUAUCUCACAGCCUCUGGACCACGCAGAUGAGAUCCUAUCCGAUGCAGCUUUUUAUGCAUGGAUGUUUUUUGCACUGGCAAUUGUGAUGCUGAUAGGAUUCGCGGUUCAAGGUGUUACUUUUGCAUUCAGCUCAGAGCAUCUCACGAAACGAGUCCGGUCUCUCGCCCUUAGCCAGUACUUGAGAAUGGAUAUCUCUUUCUUUGAUAAGAAGGAAAAUUCCGCUGCAGCCUUGUCUGGGUUUCUCUCCAACUCUGCCACCGACCUAACAGGAUUGAGUGGCAGCGCUUUGGGCGCCAUCGUUAUCUGUAUCUCUUCACUUGUUUCUGGAAUCACACUUGGAUUUGCGCUUGGGUGGAAGUUGGCACUUGUGUGUUUUGCGGUUGUUCCCCUGAUGAUGGGAGGGGGGUAUUUUGGGAUCCUACUUGUUGGCGACUUUGAGAGAAACAAUGAGCUGUUCGCCAAUAAAGCUGCCGAAUUUGCAGGCGAGACACUUAAUGGUAUCCAAACUAUCGCUGCCCUUACUCGGGAGAAUAUUGCAUUGGCAGAGUUCGAGGAGAUUCUCAACGGGACUAAAAAAGACGCCCUGUUUGCAAAUCUCAAAGCCUCCUUCAUGUACGCCCUGACACAGUCAGCUUAUUAUGCCUGUAUGGCUCUCAGCUUUUGGUAUGGUGGCCAGCUCAUCCUUAGUGGAGAGUAUACCCUCUUCCAAUCGAUUGCUGUUCAGUCCACGAUGCUCAUGAGCGCCUUCUCUGCGGGCUUAGUAUUCUCAUGGACUCCAAAUAUCGGUCAAGCAAAGCAAGCUGCCGCAUCUCUGCAACGCCUGUUAACGCGAAAGUCGCUUAUAGACCCAUCAUCCCCUUAUGGAGAGAAACUGGUCCCAAUGCGCGGCGACAUCAGCUUUGACUCGGUCAGCUUCUCCUAUCCUUCACGCCCAAAUCACCAUGCUCUAGAUAGAGUGAGCUUCAAUAUACCUGCAGGGGCAAACGUUGCCUUUGUGGGUGCUACGGGCUCCGGAAAAAGCACUAUCAUCUCACUGAUCGAGCGCUUCUACGACCCGAUUGAUGGAAUGGUUCUCGUGGAUUCCAAGCCCAUCCGAUCUCUCUGCCUGUCAGAGUACCGCAGAUGCAUAGGACUAGUCAGCCAGGAGCCUAACCUUUUUAGCGGCACACUCAAAAUGAAUCUGACUCUGGGAUUGGGUGAUAAUGAAAAGCCAACUGAUGAGGAAAUCUAUCAUGCCUGUCGUGAAGCCAAUAUCCAUGACUUCAUCAUCAGUCUUCCAGAAGGCUACAACACAGAAGUAGGCAGCAGGGGCAAUCAGCUCAGUGUUGGCCAGAAGCAGCGUGUCGUACUCGCUCGCGCAAUCCUUCGACGGCCUAAGAUCUUACUACUAGAUGAAGCCACAUCUGCAUUGGAUUCACAGUCUGAAGCAAGCAUUCAACAAGCUCUCGAGAAAGCCAAAAAGGGACGCACGACGAUUACUGUUGCUCAUCGUCUGAGUACCAUUGUCAAAGCAGACCGGAUCUAUGUCAUGAGUGAAGGUCGCAUCGUCGAAGCCGGAACCCACACACAGCUGAUAUCCCUGGGAGGUGUAUAUCAAAGACUUUACCUAGCCAGCAUGAGCGGACAGGCCCUUUAG